AUGGCUGCCGAAAAAGCCCGCUUCUACCUCGAGAAGGCUGUUCCCGAACUCAAAGAAUAUGAGCAAAAGGGAAUAUUCAAUAAGGAUGAAAUCCGCUCUAUUGCAAAGAAACGCUCCGACUUCGAGCAUAAAGUCAACAGCCCCGGAGUCUCGCCAUCCGAUUUUGUCCGUUACAUCGAAUAUGAAAUGAAUCUGGAGACCCUGCGCAAGAAACGUUCGAAGAGAUUUGGCAUCAAAGCGACACCGCAACAUGCUGGACGACGGGUCUUGUUCAUUCUCGAUCGUGCCACGCGCAAGUGUCCCGGUAGCUUAGGUCUUUGGGUUCAAUAUAUUGAGUACUGUCGGCGACAGAAGAUGUUUAGGAGAUUGACCGACGUCUUCUCUGAUGCGCUACGGCUCCAUCCCGCCAAUGCGGACUUGUGGAUCUACGCUGCCAAAUACGCUUUGGAAGAACAUGCAGAUAUGACGCAGGCGCGGAGCUAUUUUCAGCGCGGCCUCCGUUUUUGCAAAAGCCAGAGGAAUAUGUGGAUUCAAUACGGUCGUCUGGAAUGUAUUUACAUUGCAAAACUCUUUGCUCGUCGGCAGAUAUUGGGAUUAGAUCAACCGGGAAAGGACAGGCCAACCCCUACUCAAGCUAUUGAUGGUGAUGAAGAUAUGAUUGCUCUUCCGGCAAUCACCGCAGAAGACGUUAACCCCGCAGCAGAGAAGGAUGAUGGGUUAGAUGAAGGAGCAUUAGAGGCACUGAACUCAACUCCUGCCCUGACAGGAGCUAUCCCGAUGGCCAUCUUCGAUGCUGCGAUGAAAGAGUCGAGCGACAACCUCAUCUUAGCCCAAGAAUUCUUUGACAUGGUAUUCGAAUUCGAAGGUCUUCCGUGCCUGAGGAAAAUCCUGGAACAUAUUGUGACACAUCAGACCGUGAAAUCGCCUUCCAAUUACCGGGUGGCGAUAUGCCAUAUCAAAUUACCUGUUGCGGGAAUAAAAGUCACCUCACCAGAGUUCCCUCGAGCACUUGGGACAUCUCUCAGCCACAUGAAGAAAUAUCAGAUGGAGCCCAAUCUUGCACAAGAACUCAUGAAAUGGCUUAGGCCGCUGUCCGAGAACGAAGAAUUAGAUCCUGCGCUACACAAAGUGGUGGAGAUAACGCUGGAGAACAUUCAGAAGAAUAUUCAAGCCAAGGACAUUGUGGAUAAAUAG